AUAUUAUUAUUGAACGAAUUUCACUUUAUCUUCUUUUCCUUACUAGUAAUCAAACUUGGAAUGGAACCAGGUAGAUUUGACUUGAUACAUAAUUUCUGGGAGUAGGUUAUUUGCUCCCUUAUCUUUAAUCCUGCCAAGUAUCUGAGGGUGGCAUGUCCUUCCUUCCAGCAGAACAGUGACCCUACGUUGCCACCCCCAGGGGACUGGCAGAGAAGUGACUCUGGGGGCUGGGGUGUGAGGUGGCUUUCAGAGCCCACCGGUCUCUCCUGAAGCCACUGCUUUUUAUUUUAUAUCUUUGUUAGAAACAGUGGAGUGGGGGAGGGCUGAACUGACUUGGGUUCCUCACACCUUGGUCCCUGGCUCCGGAGUCGUGGCCUGGGCCCUUGUUGCUGACCCGGGGUGUUGUCUCAGUGGGUCAGGCAGACCUGGCCGCUGAGACUCGGGCCUGCCAGGCUCCUGAGGUCAGGAGUCUUCUCCUGGCCUGGCCUGUCUCAGACCCCACAGUGAGGGCGCCCCUGGGCCUGGAGCACACCCGCGUGAGGCUGCAUGAGGAAAUAAUUGACUUUUAUAACUUCAUGUCCCCUUGUCCUGAAGAAGCUGCCAUGAGGAGAGAAGUGGUGAGAAGGAUCGAGACGGUGGUGAAGGACCUCUGGCCAACGGCUGAUGUGCAGAUAUUUGGCAGCUUCAGCACUGGCCUCUAUCUUCCCACCAGUGACAUCGACCUAGUGGUCUUCGGGAAGUGGGAGCGCCCCCCGCUGCAGCUGCUGGAGCAGGCCCUGCGGAAGCACAAUGUGGCCGAGCCGGGCUCCAUCAAGGUCCUGGACAAGGCGACGGUACCAAUUAUAAAACUCACAGACCAGGAGACGGAAGUUAAAGUCGACAUCAGCUUUAACAUGGAGACCGGGGUGCGGGCAGCAGAGUUCAUCAAGAAUUACAUGAAGAAAUAUUCGUUGCUGCCUUACUUGAUUUUAGUACUGAAACAGUUCCUCCUGCAGAGGGACCUGAACGAAGUUUUUACAGGCGGGAUUAGCUCGUACAGCCUCAUUUUAAUGGCCAUUAGCUUUCUGCAGCUGCAUCCGAGAAUCGACGCCCGGAGAGCGGACGAGAACCUAGGGAUGCUGCUCGUGGAAUUUUUUGAACUCUACGGAAGAAAUUUUAAUUACUUGAAAACUGGUAUUAGAAUAAAAGAAGGAGGUGCCUAUAUCGCCAAAGAGGAGAUCAUGAAAGCCAUGACCAGCGGAUACAGACCGUCGAUGCUGUGCAUUGAGGACCCCCUGCUGCCUGGGAACGACGUGGGCCGGAGCUCCUACGGGGCCAUGCAGGUGAAGCAGGUGUUCGACUAUGCCUACAUUGUCCUCAGCCAUGCUGUGUCGCCACUCGCCCGGUCCUACCCCAACAGAGACUCGGAAAGCACCCUAGGGAGGAUCAUCAAGGUGACCCAGGAGGUGAUCGACUACCGGACGUGGAUCAAGGAGAAGUGGGGCAGCAGGGUCCACGCGGCGCCAGACCCCGACAACAGGAUCAAGAUCGCAGAGCGGAUGGGCGUGUGCGAGGGGGACCAGCCUCCUCGACGAGACCCUGAGUCUCCCUUCGGCCCACGCCUUACCCUGUCCCUGCCCGGCCCCCAGCUCCGGUCGUCCGGCUCGUCUGCCUCCUCCGUGUCCUCGCUCUCCGGCAGCGACAUCGAUUCGGACACACCGCCCUGUACGACACCCAGCGUGUACCAGUUCAGCCUCCAGGCGCCCACCCCUCUGCUGGCCAGCCUGCCUGCCGCCCUGCCCAUGCCGAGUGGCAAACCUCAGUCCGCCACGUCCAGGACGUUGGUCAUGACAACGAACACCCAGACCAGGUUUACUAUUCCUGCCCCGACGCUUGGCGUGGCCCCCGUGCCCUGUAGACAGGCGGGCGUCGAAGCCGCCCCGGCGCUGAAGGCCGUCCACCAUGUGUCCUCCCCGGCCAUCCCUUCUGCGUCCCCCAACCCGCUCUCCAGCCCCCACCUGUAUCACAAGCAGCACAGUGGCAUGAAGCUGUCCAUGAAGGGCUCGCACGGCCACGGCCAAGGCGGCAGCUACGGCUCAGCGGGCACGGGUGGCGCACGGCCUCCCGUGGGCAACAGGGGCCACCACCAGUACAACCGCACCGGCUGGAGGAGGAAAAAACACACGCACACCAGGGACAGCCUGCCCGUCAGCCUCAGCAGGUAA